CCCCGGAUCCUUCUUGCACUCUUUCACUGGUCUUCGAAAAAGAGCUGGAAGCAAGAAGUCUGGUCUGAGCCGGGCGUUGGUGGCAUUGCAUGCCUUUAGUCCCAGCACUCGGGAGGCAGAGGCAGGAGGAUCUCUGUGAGUUCGAGACCAGCCUGGUCUCCAGAGCGAGCGCCAGGAUAGGCUCCAAAGCUACACAGAGAAACCCUGUCUCGAAAAACCAAAAAAUAAAAAAUUAAAAAAAAAUGUCCUUGUCUGUCCAGGAAUACCGAAUGGAGGGGAGGGGCUCAGGAAGAGGCAGCCCAGACUUAAGCCAGAGUAGCAGGGCCUUCAUUUGUAGUGGGCAGGGCUUGGAGAGGACUCAGAGACCGCCUUCAGAUUAGGAGGAGGAGGGUUUGUAGACAGGGAGGAAUUUAAAGGGCAGUGGCUGUGGCCUGGUGGUGGGCGUGUCAGCGUUGGGAGGGUCUCCUAGAGGACACGAGUUUCUGAGCCCAGAGAGCUAAGGGAAGGCACGGCCAGUGGGGAGGCGACUCUUAACCUGCUUCUGCGUCUCUUUUCUACUCCAGAGAAAGCCCCAAACCACCACUGGGCCUGCCGCCAUGGAUGAGUCCUCGCUGCCUGUGGUUCCGGCCCCUAUUGUUGCCCCGGGGCCAGCGCCAUCUGCCACCACUCCCCGGGUCCCCUUUCACUGCAGCGAAUGUGGCAAGAGCUUCCGCUACCGAUCGGACCUGCGGCGCCACUUUGCUCGGCACACGGCGCUCAAGCCCCACGCGUGCCCUCGCUGCGGCAAGGGCUUCAAGCACAGCUUCAACCUAGCCAACCACCUGCGCUCACACACCGGCGAGCGGCCCUACCGAUGCUCCGCCUGCCCUAAGGGAUUCCGAGACUCCACUGGCCUGCUGCACCACCAGCAUGAGCUCCAGGGAAGGCCUGCAGAGUGAGUCUGCCCCGCAGAAUUGUGUCUCCGCCUCUCCUGCUGAUGUCUCUGUGGCCUUGUGUUUACAAUUCUCUUCCUUGCCGUCUUGAAAGUAGGUUUAUCCAUGUGCACCCAACUCCUUUGUUCUGACCAGGAGUCAGAUAGAGGGUAAAGAAAGUAGUUCUCUAAGGGAGAAGUUGGGAAGCAAAUUAAAAAAAAAAAAAAUUCAGGGCAUGGAGAUGCAUCCUUAUAAUCCCAGUGAUUGGGAGGAGACAGGAGGGUCAGUGAAGAUGGAGUUUUUCUGUCCCACCUGCUCCCACAGCCAUUUCAGCCCCAAAUAAACACACGGACACCAUAUUAAUUAUAAAACUGUUUGGCCAAUGGCUUAGGCUCCUUAUUGGCUAGCUCUGUCUUUAUUAUUAAUACGUUUCUGUUAGUCUGUGUAUUGCCACAAGGCUGUGAUUUCCCCAUAAUCCACCAUGUUACUCCAUUGGCAGCACGCCGUCCUUCUCCGCCUUCCUCUCCUUAGCCCCACCUAACUUCUGCCUCUCCUGACCAAUCAGUAUUUUAUUCAUCAACCAAUAAGAGAAACAUAUAUACAGAAGGACAUCCCCCAUCAGAUCAGGAGUUCAAGAUUAUCCUCAGCCACGCAGUGAGUUUGAGGCCAGUUUAGGCUAUGUGAGAUGCCGUCACGAACAACGUAACAAAGAUUAGUGUGUAGGGGUAAGUCGGGAGAGCUGCGGGUUACUGUAGACAAGAGGGCACGGUAAUGUCUAAUUGAGGCCUGAAGUGUGGGGCGUCCACUUGGGGAAAGCAUUGUAGAUGAAAACAACAUGCAAAUGCAAAGGCCGCAAGGUGCGAAGGACCUUGGUGUGUUCACAGGUAUCACAAUAACUUUUCCUGGUGAGACACAAGCUAACACACCAGCAAAAGACCAACAUAUAGUUGCAGCAAAGUUCGAUUUCUCAAAUCAGAGUUUAAUCGGGUUUACUCAGAGAGCACAGUUAAGGGUUUACAGCAGUGUGUGUGACCCUCACAAAGGCCCAUGCCAUCAUGGAUGAUGGUCUGGUGAAUGCUGCAUAGUGGAGUCCCACGGUCAGUUAUCUUCCACUUCCUGAUAUUCUAAUACCUCCCAAGGUCCCUUGCAGCUGGGGAGAGUCACAGCUGGACUCCCUUGCAGCUGGGGAGAGUCACAGCUGGACUCCCUUGCAGCUGGGGAGAGUCACAGCUGGACUCCCUUGCAGCUGGGGAGAGUCACAGCUGGACUCCCAUGCAGCUGGGGAGAGUCACAGCUGGACUCCCAGGAGCUGCCUUGGCUUCCUGGCUCAGGUGAUCUCCAAAAUAGAAAACAAACAAAUAAAAGCAACCGUUAUCAUAACACAUACACUGUUGGGGACCUGCCUGGUUGGGACAAGGUUCAGGGCACUGUGAAGUAGUCCAUUUUGCAAAGGGAAAAAACUGAGUGUUCACAGAGAAGAGGGAGAUGGGUUCUGAACUCAGGCCUAUGGAUGCCUAGCGCCCUGGCCAUAGCUAUGCUCUGUGGGAAUCAGUUCCUAGAUGAGCCGGUUGAAAAGGGAACAGUGUGUAUACAGAGGCCGCCAGUGUCAGGGGCUAGGUCAGCACUGAGAGAGUGCCAGCUGGCCUGUAGCAGGGCUGUGGCUGGGGAGUUGGGGUCCCCUUUUGUAGGUUCCUACUCUCUUAGAGAAAAGAAUUUAAAAGCAGAGUUAGACAGUGAGAAUCAUCUUAUUAGAACUGGAAAGAAAAACCAUAGGAAAGGCCAGCUGUCAAUCUUGGCAGCUUUGGGGUGGGCUGUGGGCUGGAGAGGCAGUAAGAGGAGCAGAGAAAGACACUCCUUUUAAGUUAGUCCAGUAGAGAAGGCAGGCUCAUCAGUGAAGGUCUGGUAGCAGCUACGUGGGAGGGGCCUCUUCAGACACAGUGAAGAAGUCCAGAGUGUGAGGAUUUGGACUGUAUCCAGAGAAGGGACAGAAAGUAGAAAGGGAGCCGGGCGGUGGUGGCGCAGGCCCUUAAUCCCAGCACUCUGGAGACAGAGGCAGGCAGAUCUCCAAGUUCGAGGCCAGCCUGGUCUACAGGGCAAGUUCCAGGGCAGU